UCGUCGGGGAGGUGAGCAUUUCUUUAAAACGGCUUCGGAGGAGUUCACAGCAUAAAUUAACACAACAACUCCACACAGGAAACCGACGCUUGUAUAACAUCGAUACACCGCGAAGCUAUAAUGGACACGCGCCUGAUGUCCUCCAGUGGUACUGAAAAGAGAAUCAGUGAUUGCACCUGAGGAACAACCAGGAAAACCAAGCUCAUGUCACAGGAGACCGGGGACACGCCGUGGGAAUGGAUACCCGCUGUACUCUUGUGGGGGUAACAGCAUGCGUUCUGCUGUUGUCUUUCGGGGGUCUGAUAUCGUCCUCACUGGUCGGCGGAGAGGGGGACCGCAGCGCGUGCCCGCACCGCUGCGACUGUCAACAUGCGCAACACCUUUUGUGCACCAACCGGGGACUGCGCGCUGUUCCCCGGGUCACCCUGGGAGUUCCCGAGGAGGUGCUGGUCAUCAGCCUCGGGGGAAACUUCAUCACUAACAUCUCCGCGAUAGACUUCAAAGGGUACAGUAACCUCGUGCGAUUAAACAUGCAGUUCAAUCAGAUACAAGCCGUUCACCCCAGUGCGUUUGAUUCCUUUUCUAAACUAGAGGAGCUGUACUUGGGACAUAAUUCCCUGUCAACAAUAGCCCCUGAGACGUUGAGGCCCCUGAAGAAGUUAACCAUUUUGUACACCAAUAAUAAUGGCAUCGAAACAAUAACCACGGAUCUCUUCGCCAACUUAAACAGCCUCGUUAAACUGCGCUUGGAUGGCAACUCACUAGCACUGCUGCAAGACUCGGUUUUUGCGAGUUUGACUAAUCUGCACUAUUUGCAUUUAGAAUACAACCAGCUUCAUCACAUCCACAGAAAUGCAUUUUCUAAACUCUCCAAAUUGCGCUUUUUAAACCUCGCGCACAACAAGCAGUCGUCCCUGCGCAAUGUGUUAGUUUUCUCUCAGCUGAGAGCCUUGUCAACGCUGCUGCUCUCUGAGAACGAAAUCCAGCACGUUGGGAACCACGUCUUCCAGAACCUAAAGAAGCUGUCCAAACUAUCCCUCAGCAACAACCGGAUCUCCCGUCUGGGCGGCGGGGCUUUGAGGGGACUGACGGGUCUCAGAGAGUUCCUGAUUGAUGGCAACGAGCUGGGGGAAAUCCCCGCCGGUCUCCUCGACUCCCUGGAGCGCAUAGAGGAACUGGACUUCAGCGGCAAUAGGAUUUCUAACGUGGACGCGUUGGCCUUCUCUCGACUCAAACACCUACGCGUGCUGAAGCUGAAAGACAACCGGCUCACCAGCCUGUCGGGAGGCAGCUUUGCUCUCAACAGCGUGCUCUACGACCUGGAUCUCCAUGGCAACAACUGGACGUGCGACUGUCGCCUCGAGGAGCUCAAGCGGUGGAUCACAUCGGCGCAUUCCCGCGGCAAAUUAUUGACUGUGUUUAUUCAGUGCGGUCAGCCGGCGACUCUAAAGGGGAAAUAUCUGGACUAUGUAAACAGCUCCCAGCUGCUGUCCCUGGGGAACUGGACCCACAUAUGCGAGACCCGAGCAGGGCUCGAGGAGAGCAGGGGUGGGGAGGUCCUGGAGAGGGAAGUGGGAGACAGGGGGGAGGGAGAGGGGGGUGAUGUGAGGCCCGGGGAGGGGGGUGAGGGGAGGCGAGGAGGCGUAGAGGGUCAUGAGAACCAGGGAGCCAGAGGGCCGUUAGGGGGUAACCCCAGCCCGGCUGUGUUGGACCUCAGCACCACUCCAACAGGAGCGCUGAGGAGAGACGGGGAGAAGAGGAAAAGGGAGGGAAUCACGGGAGAGCGAAGGGGUCCGGCGGGAGCCACCGAGGGGACACCCCCCCGAAACUCCUCCUCCCCCAGACAGCAACCCAGCAGAGGGUCCGUCGGCCCGAGGUCACACGCAGGUCGGAAACGAACGAAGUCGAGGCACAGGUUCAACGGCCAGUCCCGGACCACAGCCCCCACGACCCCUUACACAUCCCCCCCCAGCGGAUACAGCCACACCCGCCGCCCCGUCCUGCUCACGGACCCCCCGUCGCCCCCGGCUUCGGCCCCCUCUUCUGCUGCUCCCGUCCAAUCGCUGGAGAGGUUCGACCUCCUGAGAGCCAAUCAGGACGAGCCUCCUCCCCUCAUCAGCGACCCCUGCGUGUUCAACCGCCACUUCAUCACCAACGUGUCGCUGGACCAGAUCACCUCGUCUACGGCCCGGGUCCACUGGACCACCCGGGCCCACCCCCCUUACUCUGCGUACGGAGGGGAAGGUGGAGGAGGUGGAGGUGGAGGGGCCGAGGUCCACUUCAGGGUGCUCUACGACCGCUUCGGGACCCCCGACCGCUUCCCCCGCUACGUGUACGCCCCCGGCGCCGCCCGCUCCAUCACCCUGCGGGAACUCUCGCCGGACGUCACCUACAUGGCGUGCGUGGAAGGGGUGGUGGGGGGCUCGGUGUGCCAGGUGGCCCCCCGAGACCACUGCGUCGGCGUGGUCACCCCGCCCCCGGAGGCGGGGGUCGGGGCCGCGUCGGCGGGCAGUGGCGUCGGCGGCGGCUGGGGGCGGCUGGGCUGGGCUGACCUCCACCUGAUCGCCGCGGCGACGCUGGCGGGGAACGCGGCGCUGCUGCUGGUGGUGGGCGCCGUGUGGAUGGGGCGGAGCCUGCGGCGGCGCCAGCAGAGGCGGAGGUCGGCGGUGCACGUGAGGCACAUGUACACGUCCCGCCGGCCGUACCGCCACGAGAUGGGCGGGGGCGCGGCGGCGGCGGCGGCGGGCGCGGCGUCGGCGGACUUCACCAGCUACCAGUGCAGCCGGCCGCCGCGCCUGGGGCCUCUGGAGGAGGGCGACCUCAUCGAGUUCCCCUGCGACCGCUUCCUCGACAACAGCACCUCCCGCCGCGACAGCGACAUGCAGAGGUUCUCUGACUAGAACCCCCCCCUCCCCCCCCCCCCCCCCGGGGAACAGUUCUGCAGCAGCCAGGCCGAGCAACACUGGACUGGAUCAGAGAGAGACAUGUGGUACAGCCAUUAGGUAGUGGGAUGUUGCAUAUUGUUUUCCAAUCUUUUUGGGGUAUUUUACCUUGUCUUUAUUUCACGGGAUUCUACAUUCACUGAUUGACAGAGAACAAUGUCAUGGUAUUAUUCUGGCAAUGAGCAGAAUAAAACCACAUGUGGGACAUGCGUUUGGUUUGGUUGGUGCUUUAGACUGCGAGACAAUCCCAGUGGCCUGUUAUUAUGGCAGCUCUUAAAGUCUUAAGCCUCACCAGACAGCACAGGAAGUCGAUCCGUCUGACUUCCCCUUCCUACCCCUUCCCGAUUCAUCAUACUUCAUUUCCUGGCACCUGCAUAUUGUUUCUAAACAUGGGAGCUUUGUGUGAGUGCUAGAGGGUGACUGUGCAUGUUUGGUAACUGAUUUCAACUAUGGUGCUUGUAUUGAAACCAAAGACUUCAUAAUUUCUCAUAUGAUUUUGUUAUACACGUAAUGAUGGCUGCUGGUUGGCAGGACUUCUUGUUGUUGUUAUUUGUACUUUCAUACUUUACUUUGUACUAUUUUUAUUAUGAAGUAAAGUUACCCAACAAUGUGACUGGAAUGUUGUUUAAGUGAUCAGGGAUGAGAAGUAGGGUUGUGUUCUUAGUGUAGCACUCUAUCACGCUAUAAGAUAGAGAGUUUUCAUCAUAUGGAUCCGCAAGGGGACAAAUAGAAAAGCUUGGAAUACAUUUAAUGUUUAUCAAAUAAAGUGGAACAGUUUCACAGAAAUUCUGUAUACGAGACAUCCACUC